CGGUACGCUUUCAUUUUCCAAAGACAGGAUGACGUGACGGAUAAUCGGGAUUAAUAGCUAUCGAAAUUCGAGAAAACUAUGAUGGAUACAUGAGAUAAAUAAAGAAAGUCUUUGCUGAUAAAUAAAUGCAAAUUAUCAUAAGCAUAAUUAUUGUAGCACUCGUCGAUUGGUUAUUUAUACCAAAUCGCGAGCAUUUAAAACUUCGUGACGAAAUUCAGUUCAGGCACCCUAGGUGGCUCGAGAGUCUAGGCGGUCCGCAGUUGCUUGUCGACCUUGUCCGUUGUCGUAUGCGUGUCGUUACGUGCUCAUAACGGCAGAGAAUAUUGGCGCGUAAUCAUAAUAUCGUUUCUCGUAACUGUUAUCUACGACUGCUGAUCACUGUCGAUCGGUACUGUUGCACGUCCAGAUUUUGACAGAUUUUGAUUUUUUCGAACAUUCGAAUUCGUACGACGUAAUGGCAGCGAAAGCAGCGAAGCCGAAGAGAGCACCGAAAAAGAAAGGAGGUUAUCAAAUGCCCGAACCGAUACCGGCAGGAGAAAUUCUCAGCGACAUAUCGAAGGGCAAAUGGAUCCUUGGCAAAUCAAUCGGUGUCGGCGGUUUCGGGGAGGUUUAUUCUGCCGCACCAUAUUCCGAGAAGAUCCCCAAGGAUUAUCCUAAUGUCAUAAAAAUUGAACCACAUGGAAAUGGUCCAUUAUUUGUAGAAAUGCACUUUUAUAUGAGGAACUGCAAGCCAGAUGAAAUUGCUAGCUGGCAGAAAAAAAAGAAACUUGCUGCACUCGGAAUGCCUAGAUAUGUUGCUUCUGGAAGUCAUGAGUAUAAAAAUACAAAAUAUCGAUUUUUAGUAAUAGAUCGAUACGGAAAAGAUCUAUGGAAAAUAUUUGAGGAAAAUAACAGACAAUUUCCAGAGCACGUAGUAUAUAAAUUAGCUUUACAAAUACUAGAUAUAUUGGAGUACAUUCACCACAAAAACUAUGUACAUGCCGAUGUCAAAGGUGAAAAUUUGUUACUGGAUUUGAAUUCCUACGAUCAAGUCUAUUUAGUUGACUUUGGUUUAGCUUCUCGUUGUACAUCGAGCACUGAAUUGAAAGUCGAUCCAAAGAAGGCACAUAAUGGCACUUUACAAUACACGAGCAGAGAUGCUCAUAUGGGAGUACCGACACGUCGAGGUGAUAUUGAAAUUUUGUAUUACAAUAUAAUCCUGUGGUUAUGUGGUUCGCUACCAUGGGAAAAAUUACUUGAUCCUGCUACCGUUCAGAAAGAAAAAGAAAAAGCUUUCAAUAAUGUAGACAGUUUCCUAAAUAAAUGUUUCCGUGGAUCUGCUCCAAAAGCUGUACACAAAUUCAUGACUCUACUAGCUAGUGUAAAAUUUAACGAGAUACCAUCUUAUGAAAAAUUGAAGGAAACGUUAUUAGAUGGUUUGAAGAAAUUGAGUCAUAAACCAGAUGGGAAAUUAAAAUUAAACAACAUUGGCAUGCCAGCUCAACAAAAUGCUUCUAUUAUAAACACUCCACAAAAAAUAAAGAAACCCAUAAAUGGAAUCAGAAAGAGUCCCCGUACGAAAUAUGCAGAUGCUCCAAGUUCUAUGAAAAAUUCAAGACAAAGUACUAUAGGUGUUAUAAUUGACAAGAAGCGUGCUAAUUUAAAGGAUAUUGCGAAAGUAUUAGAUGAUAUGGAUACUGAUGAAGAAUACGAUAUUCAAAUUCUUAAAAAAGCGAAGAAAACAGAAUCCAUUGAAAAAACAAGUAAGAUAGUGAAGCAUAAAACUCCAAAUAGAAAAAAAGUUCCAAUCAAAGAUGAUUCUGAAGAUGAUUCUAAUAUAGAGCCGGUUCCAAAACGUUCAAAUAAAACGCGACCGAAAAAACCGGUCACAAGUAAAACAAGACGAAAAAUUAAGUCUUUGAAUGAUUCAGAAACCGCUUCUGAAACUGAGAUUGUGUCAAAAGGAACAAGAUCAAGACCUGCUGCGACUGCUAUUAGGAGUAAAGGAACCACUAGUAAUCAGUUGCAACCUAAUAAAAUAAUACCCACAUGCACAACUGAAAGUCAAUCAGACGAAGAUAUGUUCGAUACAUAAUUUCAUGAAGAAUAAAAUGAAAGUACAAUUAUAUAUAGUAUUUGUACUACAAGAAAUAUAACUUAUGUAAUUUGCAUUUAUAUAUUAUACACUUUUGUACAUCUCUUACGCAUUUGACAUUAAUUAUCACUAAUACAUUAUUUACCAUAUAGUGUUUAUGGCAAUGCCAAUGACAAUAUUACAUCAGUAUUUCUGUAUAUAUGUGAAUAGUUUCAAAAAAUGAAAAAUUUGGAAGUAUAAAACUGUUAUAGUUAAAAAAACUGGUUGAUAUUUUUUUAAUAAAAUGAAGUGUUGAAUGCA